CAUUACCAUUACCCAAACUCAUCUUGAUAGGUAGCAUGGUUAAUGCAUUGGGUCGACCCAAAGCGACCCACCUGCAUCCUGAAUAAACCCCAUUCGUGUGCUGGUCUCGUGUCUAUCCCCUGCGCCGCCACGAGAGAGAGACGGAGAGAUGAGCCUGCAGAUUCCGGCGAGAUCGGGUGGCCUCCGCCGCCUCUUCCUCCUGGGCGGCAGCGCUGGGCUCCGGCGUCCCUACUCCACCGGUGACCGCCGCCGCCGGGUGAUCCGCGAAGCGCGUCAGGAGGAGGAGGACGAGGCCUUCCUCCGCACCCUCAACUUCGGCGCCGACCCCGAGAACAACCCCCUUCCCCCGCCGCCGAUACGCGGCGUGGGAUCCCCAUACAGCUCCGCCUCGACCGCUGCCGUGGGUGAGCAGCACCAGCAGCGACCCGAACAGAGCGCUCAGAAGGCCGUCGGGGAGACGCUGCUGGAGAAGCUUAGGAUGGGCGAUGGCCCCGCCGCGGGAAAAGGAACCGAGCGGCAGCAGCCUGAGGAAGAGACACCGCCGCAGCCGGAGGACGUGGACGAGAUCUUCCGAAAGAUGAAGGAGACCGGGCUGAUACCCAACGCCGUGGCCAUGCUCGACGGGUUGUGCAAGAACGGGCUGGUGCAGGACGCCAUGAAGCUGUUUGGUCUGAUGCGGGAGAAGGGGGCCAUCCCGGAGGUCGUCAUCUACACCGCCGUCGUCGAGGCCUUCUGCAAGGCGGCUAAGCUCGACGACGCCGUGAGGAUCUUUAGAAAGAUGCAGGGGAAUGGGGUCAUCCCUAACGCAUUCAGCUACUGGCUGUUGAUAAAGGGGCUGUGCAAGGGGGGCAGGCUGGAUGAUGCGGUAGCGUUCUGCGUGGAGAUGUUUGAGGCCGGGCUUGCGCCGAAUGCUGAGACAUUCGUGGGCUUGGUUGACGCGGUGUGCAAGACGAGGGGGGUGGAUGAUGCUGAGAAGGUUGUGAGGAGCUUCCAGGACAGGAACUUUGCUAUUGACGAGAAGUCUAUCAGGGAGCACUUGGACAAGAAAGGUCCAUUCUCACCAGUGGUGUGGGAGGUGAUCUUUGGAAAGAAGAAAUCAGGCCGACCUUUUUGAUCCCUGCCAGAAAGUAGCGUGCAGCUGGCUUGGGUUCGGGUGCGAUUCCAGUCCUAACAUGCUGCCGCUAGUAGCAGCACCCAACCAUGACAAGAUCCUUGAAGAAAUCAAUCAAUGCAAGUGCUGGAAAUUAGAAAUUCCAUUUUAGACAUUUCAAAUGGUGUAUGAGUUUUCAGAAUGUUUUGUUCAAUUAAUCAAUCCUAAUGGGUGCCAUUAUGUGAAUGGCUGCCUUUUAUGAAGAUAUAUCAUAUCUCAUUUAAGUUUUUAGAUUUUAAAU